AUGUCAAGAAGUUUGUUCCUUCGUAUUGUUGAUGCAGUGAAAGAUCAUGACUAUUACUUCCAACAACGAAGUGAUGGACUUGGUAGAAUGGGAUUAUCACCGUUACAGAAAGUAACAGCUGUUUUUCGCAUGUUGGCAUACGGUCUACCAGCUGAUGCUACGGACGAAUACGUUAAAAUAGGUGAGUCAACAGCAAUUGAAAGUAUGACAAAAUUUUGUCGUGCUAUGGUGGAAAUAUUCGCAGAGCGGUAUCUACGAACACCUAACGCUAACGAUAUUGCUAGGCUACUCUAUAUUGGAAAAAAACGUGGUUUUCCAGGAAUGUUAGGAAGUCUUGAUUGUAUGCAUUGGAAAUGGAAAAAUUGUCCAACAGCAUGGUCUGGGCAAUACACAGGACGUAGUGGGUCACCAACUAUUAUCCUCGAAGCUGUGGCAGAUUAUGAUCUUUGGAUAUGGCACGCAUAUUUUGGUAUGCCAGGCACCAAUAAUGAUAUCAAUGUGCUGGAGUCAUCUAAUCUUUUCUCUAACCUAGCUCAAGGUAUUGCUCCUCCCGCUCACUAUGUUAUUCAAGGAAAAGAGUAUAAUAUGGGUUAUUAUUUAGCUGAUGGUAUAUAUCCGAAAUGGGCUACUAUUGUACAAACAAUCCAACAGCCACAAGGUAGGAAGAAAAAAUAUUUUGCCAUGAAACAGGAAGCAUGUAGAAAAGAUGUAGAACGUGCGUUCGGAGUUCUCCAAUCACGAUUUGCAAUCGUGGCAGGAUCAGCACGUUUUUGGAAAAAACAUGUAUUACAUGACAUAAUGACUGCAUGCAUUAUUAUGCACAAUAUGAUAAUCGAGGAUGAACGUGAUCUUUAUGCACCAAUUCAAGAAGUGAGGGAAGCACCAACACCAGAAGUUGAUAUGGUAGCAGAUGAAACUACAAGAUUUACUCAAUUUAUUGCACGUUACGGAAAAAUCAAGGAUAAAGAUGCCCAUAUUGCGCUUCGUAAUGCAUUGAUAGAUCAUUUAUGGGAGGAAUACACUAUUUCAGAUAGUUAA